UCUUGUGGAUUAACCAUAAAUCAAUUUCUGAGCCGAGACUUUCGUGAACUCCGCAUGAACAUUUUCAAUUUUUAUAAUAAAUCAGUGAAUUAUCGAAUCAAACUUACUUUUGACACGUUUUUAACGUCGAAAUAAAUUCGAAUUUAAUUUUAACCUCAAAGUAUUAAAGAAAGAAAACAAAAGUGCCGCGUGAAAACGUUACUCGACAUUUUCGCGAGAAGAUUCCUUAUAAGCUCGCUUAUAAGCUUCGGGACAAAGCUAAUACACAGAAAAACUUAACUAAUUUAUCAAGAAUGACUGCAAUUUCAGCGGGAGGCGACGGUAGGGGUAAUCAUGGACAAGCUUAUAAGGACAAAAGUAAACCUGCUGAUAUUCGAAGCAGUAAUAUUAAUGCUGCGAAAGCCGUAAGCGAUGCAAUUCGUACUAGUUUGGGUCCUCGUGGAAUGGAUAAAAUGAUUCAAGCAGGCAAUGGUGAAGUAACAAUUACAAACGAUGGAGCUACUAUCUUGAAAGAAAUGAACGUUAUACAUCCUGCGGCUAAAAUGUUAGUUGAAUUGUCUAAAGCUCAAGACAUUGAAGCAGGUGAUGGAACUACAAGCGUUGUUGUAGUAGCUGGCUCUUUGUUAGAAGCUGCAGAACGUUUAUUACAGAAAGGAAUUCAUCCUACACUUAUAAGCGAUGCUUUUCAAAAAGCUGCGGCUAAAGCAGUCGAAAUACUUACAAGUAUGUCUAUACCGGUUGAUUUAACAGAUAAAGAAUCGCUUGUUAAAGCUGCGGCAACAUCGCUUAAUUCUAAGGUUGUAUUCCAACAAUCGAGUUUAUUGGCUCCGUUAGCCGUGAAUGCAGUAUUAAAAGUUACAGAACCAGGAAAAGAACAGGCUGUAGAUUUAAAUGAUAUCAAAGUAAUCAAAAAAUUAGGGGGUACUGUUGAAGAUACGGAGUUGGUAGAAGGAUUGAUAUUUACACAAAAAUCGUGUAAUGUUAACGGGCCGAAACGUAUCGAAAAGGCAAAAAUUGGUUUGAUUCAAUUUUGCAUCUCUCCACCUAAAACAGAUAUGGAUCAUAACGUUAUUGUAUCAGAUUAUGCUGCAAUGGAUAGAGUUUUGAAGGAAGAACGUGCUUACAUAUUGAAUAUCAUAAAACAGAUUAAAAAAACUGGAUGCAACAUAUUGUUGGUUCAAAAAUCUAUUUUACGCGAUGCUGUCAGUGACCUUGCUAUUCACUUCUUAGAUAAAAUCAAAGUUAUGGUAAUCAAAGAUAUAGAACGCGAGGACAUUCCGUUUGUAUGUAAAACUUUGGGAUGUAGGCCAAUAGCAUCUUUAGAUCAUUUUGUUGCUGAGAAUCUCGUUUCUGCAGAAUUGUGCGAAGAAGUGCAAACGGGAAGUUCUAAAUUUGUGAAGAUAACUGGUAUACAAAAUUAUGGUCGUACGGUUACCGUACUGGUACGUGGAAGUAAUAAAUUGGUUUUGGAAGAAGCCGAGCGUUCUUUGCAUGAUGCAUUAUGCGUUAUUCGAUGUUUGGUAAAACAGAAAGCAAUGAUUGCUGGAGGUGGAGCACCUGAAAUAGAACUUGCAUUGAAACUAGGAGCGUAUGCACAAACUUUAGGCGGAGUGGAUGCUUAUUGCGUUCGAGCUUUCGCAAAUGCGCUCGAAAUUAUUCCAUCUACGUUAGCAGAAAAUGCAGGUUUGAAUUCAAUCGCGACUGUUACUGAAUUACGAAAUAGACAUGCUCAAGGUGAAAUGACAACUGGAAUUAAUGUUCGUAAAGGAGCUAUUACAAAUAUUCUCGAAGAAAAUGUACUUCAGCCACUUUUAGUUUCAACCAGUGCUAUCACUCUUGCUUCUGAAACUGUACGCAGUAUACUUAAGAUAGAUGAUAUUGUUAAUACAAAUCAAUAAAUUGCUCAAAUAAAAUAUAAUUAAUAAUAUGUUUAAACAGCAUGAUUUCUACGCUUUCAUUGUAAUUGUAUUAUUUGUAUGAAGUUCCAAUGGGCUAAUUAUUGCAAAACUUUUGUUGCAUUACCGUUUGAAUAGCGCUUUGUACUAUUCAAUGUUUUUAUAAAAGAAAAUUAAAUAUAAUAAACAAACUUCUACAAAA